UUAUCUUGAUUAUCUGAUUUGAAUAUUGGCACUGUUCUAUACUUUCAGCUAUCUGUGCAUCUUGUCGUGCUAAGCUAUUUAAGGAAGGCAAUAUAGAAAAUGAUGUACAGACUUGUGAGACAGCAAUGGAACAGAGUAUGGAAUGUAGUGGAUUGCUUCUGAGACCUAGAAUUCAAAUACAAAACGAUGAAAAUGAAAAUAUUGAAUCCAGUCAAGAGACAUCGAUGGAUACAUGUAGCCAAGAAAGCCAAGUCUCAGAAGCAUCUAUCUCUGGUAUUGAUCGCCUAUCAAAGCUGAACGAGUUCCUAGCAGCAUGCAACAAGAGCCCGGUUAAAACACUCCGUGAGUCAUUUGUCAGUUCAAGUCAGCGAACAAGAAGAAGAUAUGCUGCCAAAGCAAAUGAAUGCCUCUCCAUUCUUUUAGAGACAAUAUGUCCUGGAGAAAGUGAUGCCUUAAAAGAUGCCAUGUUUUCAAAACUAGAAACGUCUUACACUCACUACGAGUCUCCGGCACUUAUUGAGGCUUUAACCGAGAGUUACUUAAAAGCUGAGACACCAACAAUUCGGCGUCAAAUAUUGUCUGUUCUUACCACCCAGGCCAGUUUUCAAGACGUUAAUGCCAUGAUUCCAUCUGUUACUCAACACAAAUUUUACUCUGCAAAGAAACAUGCUAGGGAAUUGGGAGUUGGAGCACCAGUGCCACAUGAAAAACAAUCUAGAGAAAAAGUAGACUCUUCAAAACUUGAACAUUUCUUGGACUUCAUAACAUCAAGUCAUGUCAUUAAGGACCUACCACUGGGGGAGAAGACCCUAACCCUAACUACAGGGGAGUUAAUUCAAACACCACAUGUCAUCAGAUGUUUAGCACCUGCGACAAUUGUAAGACAGUAUUCCCAGCUGUGUAUAGAAGAAAACUUUGAAGCCAUUGGACAGAGCACCAUGUACAAGAUUUUGUCAGUGCGCAGAUCUGUUGAAGGAGUUGACUACUAUGUUGCAGAAGCUAGUGAGGCUUUUCGUGAAUUAGAACAUGUUGUACAACUCAGGAACUGCAAAUUCCUUUGA